CUGAGCGGUUGAUUGGCAGUUCGCCAUUAAACUGGGCGGUCUGGCAUGUUUAUAGGCAGCGACACAGGCGGGCGCAAUUUUUAGCAGUUAAUUGAAUUCGAGUAAGAUUUUUCUUUUUUCCCCGCCUGAGGGGUUCUUUUUGGACGAACAGGAAAAAUGCUGCCGUCGGUAGUUAGCCGCUUGUUCAGGAUCUCCCGAGUGAGGAGGUACUCGGCGGCUGUGGCGAUUCCAGCUCCCUCCACUCAGCCGGAUAUUUACUUCAACAAGAUCUUUAUUAACAAUGAGUGGCAUGAUGCAGUCAGUAAGAAAACAUUCCCAACCAUCAAUCCCUCCACAGGAGAAAUCAUCUGUCAAGUUGCUGAAGGAGAUAAGGCUGACGUGGAUAAAGCAGUGAAGGCAGCGAAAGAUGCAUUUAAAUUUGGAUCACCGUGGCGACAAAUGGAUGCGUCUCACAGAGGGCUCCUUUUACACCGCUUAGCUGACCUCAUUGAACGUGAUAAAGCAUAUUUAGCUUCAUUGGAGACGUUGGAUAAUGGGAAACCAUACCACAUAGCCUACACGGCAGACUUAGAUUUGGUUCUUAAAUGUUACAGGUACUAUGCAGGCUGGGCUGAUAAAUACCAUGGUAAGACCAUUCCUGUCGAUGGAAACUAUUUCUGCUAUACACGUCAUGAACCAAUUGGUGUGUGUGGGCAAAUUAUCCCGUGGAAUUUUCCAUUGGUAAUGCAGGCCUGGAAACUUGGACCAGCCUUAGCAAAUGGAAAUGUGGUUGUGAUGAAGGUGGCCGAGCAGACCCCACUAACAGCACUCUACAUAGCAAAUUUGAUUAAAGAGGCUGGAUUUCCACCAGGAGUAGUCAAUAUCAUUCCUGGUUUUGGACCAACUGCAGGAGCAGCUAUUGCCUCCCAUAUGGAUGUAGAUAAAGUUGCUUUCACUGGAUCCACAGAGAUUGGCCAUCUGAUCCAGCAGGCUGCAGGAAAAAGUAAUUUGAAGAAGGUGACAUUGGAGCUGGGUGGGAAAAGUCCUAACAUUAUAUUUUCUGAUACCGAUGUGAACCAUGCAGUUGAGGAGGCCCAUACAGCUCUGUUCUUUAACCAAGGGCAAUGCUGCUGUGCUGGAUCACGCACGUAUGUUCAAGAAUCUGUGUACGACGAAUUUGUAGAGAAGAGCGUGGAAAGGGCAAAACUUCGUACUGUGGGAAAUCCAUUUGACGCCAAGAAUGAGCAAGGACCACAGGUGGACGAAGAACAAUUCAACAAGAUUCUGGGCUAUAUUACCAGUGGAAAGAAAGAAGGAGCAAAGUUACUUUGUGGAGGUGGAGUGGCGGCAGAUCGUGGGUAUUUUAUCCAGCCAACUGUGUUUGGAGAUGUGAAAGACGAAAUGAUCAUUGCUAGAGAGGAGAUUUUUGGACCAGUGAUGCAGAUUCUGAAGUUUAAGACAUUGGAAGAGGUAAUCGAACGAGCAAACGAUACCAAAUAUGGACUUGCAGCGGCAGUUUUCACCAGUGACCUCGAUAAGGCCAAUUACGUCUCUCAUGGUUUACGUGCAGGAACUGUCUGGAUAAACUGCUAUGAUGUGUUUCGAGCCCAGGCUCCAUUUGGUGGAUACAAAGCUUCUGGCACUGGGCGGGAACUUGGAGAGGACGGAUUAGCAGCGUACACUGAAGUAAAGACUGUGACAAUCAAGGUUCCUCAGAAGAAUUCUUAAACCCGCCUGUCGACUAACUUGAGUUGAACUUGUCGGCUUUUUAAGUACAAAAUUCAAAAGGAAGUGUUACAUUUAAAUUGUAACUUUAAUCAAAGCCUGAUUGUAUACUCAUCACAUUAAUUUUGAUCUUAAUCAAUAUAAUUUUUUUCUUUAGCUAAAAGAAAUGACGUAGGAUUUCUUCAAAUAUCUGGCAAUGAGUUUUGAUUAUACUUAUAGAUAUUAUUUCAUAUAUGGGAAUAAAGGAAUUAAUUAGUGGACGGUGGGCACAUAAUUCAGGAUAUUUUGUUGGAAUUUGGCUUGAGAGGAUUACUACUAGAUUCAAAAUACCUGUCCAGUAAGGAUGUUUCUGUUUUAGAAACAUAGAAAAUAGUUUUGCUUUCUUCUCUCUGCGAAAAUAAUGUUAACAUUAAUUUUGAUAUUCCACCAAUAUUUCACAAGUACAACAGAUUAUAAGCACUGCAGGGGUACCUUAUAUUUUGCAUGUAAUGACAAGAUUGAAUGUACAUAUUUUCUGCUCACUAAUUUUCUGCAAUCACAUACUGCUGUUUGGAAAUUUGAUUUAGAUUUGAAUAUCAGAAUCGCUGUACAACAUCAAAUAAACUAAAUUUAUUACUAA